AACAUCUCGAGCGAAUGCAGGGAAGGGCGAAGAAGCGAACUUUCUCGCGACGAGCGAGAGUGAAUCUGGCCUAGAUAAAUAGCUUGUUCGUUGAUUGAAAACACAGUGCUCGUCGUCUGCUAGGUCUGAUCAUCUGCUGCAUCCUAAAUAAACGUACGUGCUGUGAACUACAAUGGCCAACGCUAAGCUCAGACUUCUUUACUUCGAUGGCCGUGGACGAGCAGAGGUGGCCCGCAUCAUCCUGGCCGCUGCUGGAAAGGAGUACGAAGACGUCCGAUUCUCUUUCGAAGAAUGGCCCAAAUACAAACCAGAAACCCCGUAUGGUCAAGCCCCAGCCCUGUCCGUAGACGGCGUGGUGUACGCUCAGAGCAUCGCCAUCAACGAAUUUUUGGCUCGCGAGUUUGGCUUCCACGGCAAAGACAACCUGGAGACCUUCAAGAUUGAGGAGAUUAUUCAUCUUUGGGACGACUUCGUCACCCCUACAGUAGACGUCCUCUUUCACACCGAUGACGAGAAAGCCAAAGAAGCAGGCAUCAAGAAAAUUAAAGAAGAGUCUGUUCCACGCAUUCUAAACUUUCUAGAAGGCAUACUGGCCAAGAAUGGAACCGGUUACUUUGUGGGUGACCGCUUGACCCUCAUAGACAUUAUAGUAUUUGAAGGGGUCAAUGGUGGGAUCACCUCUCAGUUUUUGGAUGUCAGCAAGUAUCCACUGAUCCAGAAAAACUUUGAGCUGGUUAGGUCCAAUGAAAAGAUUGCUUCUUACAUGGCAUCAAGGAAAGAUACUCCUUGGUAGAUUAUAACAGGUUGCCGCCCACUUUCUGUGGAUAUUAUUAUUCUCAUGAACUGAUUUUUCAAUCAAUUCAAUGAUAUUAAUUUGUUUUUCACAAAGUGUGAAGCUUUAUUUACCAAUAAAUUUUGAUAAAAACA